AUGGCUGUUGACUUCCCAAAAGAAGAGGAGGCCGUCCUUAAACGAUGGAAGGAAAUUGGCGCCUUUGAGAAACAAGUCGAACUGUCUCGAGGAAGAGAACCAUACACUUUCUACGAUGGACCUCCCUUUGCGACAGGUCUUCCGCAUUAUGGCCAUCUGCUAGCCUCUACCAUAAAAGAUAUCAUUCCGCGAUACUGGUCUAUGAAGGGACGCUAUGUCGAGCGCAGAUUCGGCUGGGAUACCCAUGGCGUUCCUAUCGAGUACGAAAUCGACAAAGCCUUGGGCAUGUCCGGAUCGGAAGCGGUGGAGAAACUGGGCCUGGCGAAAUACAAUAAUGAGUGUAGAGCGAUUGUCAUGAGAUUCGCUACGGAGUGGAGGGAGAUUAUUGACAGACUCGGGCGCUGGAUUGAUUUUGACAAUGAUUACAAGACGAUGGAUACUUCAUUUAUGGAGAGUCUCUGGUGGAUAGUGAAACAGCUUUUCGAUAAAGGGAUGAUUUACCGGGGUUACAGAGUUAUGCCCUUCUCCACAGCGCUCAAUACCCCCCUGAGUAACUUCGAAGCCCAGCAAAACUACAAGGAUGUGCAAGACCCCGCGGUAGUCGUCUCUUUCCCGCUCCUUGAUGACCCACAGACAAACCUUCUGGCUUGGACAACUACGCCAUGGACCUUGCCGUCGCAUGUCGCGCUCGCCGUACACCCUGAUCUCGAAUACGUGAAGAUUCACGAUGUGGCAUCCGGGAAGAACUAUUUCCUGAUCGAAUCUUUACUCGGGACGCUGUAUAAGGACCCGAAGAAGGCGAAGUAUCAAGUUCUUGAGCGCCUCAAGGGAUCAACUAUGAAAGGGUGGAGAUACAAACCUCUCUUUGACUAUUUCUAUGAAGAGUUUAAAGAGGUAGGAUUCCAGGUUAUCAAUGCGAUGUAUGUCACUGCGGACGAUGGUGUUGGUAUUGUUCAUCAGGCUCCAGCCUUUGGUGAAGAAGAUUACAACGUGGCUGUGGAGAAUGGUAUUCUUACAGAGACCCGGCUGCCGCCAAACCCGGUUGACGAGAGAGGUUGUUUUACCUCUGAGGUUCCGGAUUUUGCCGGCCUGCAUGUAAAAGCAGCAGACAAAGCGAUUAUAAAACACCUGAAAGCAGCUGGACGCUUGGUUGUUGAUGGCCAGGUCACCCAUAGUUACCCAUUCUGUUGGCGAUCUGACACCCCCCUCAUCUAUAGAGCUGUGCCCUCGUGGUUCGUCAAAAUCGGCGCCAUAAUCCCUCAGAUGCUGGAGGGAAUCGAGAAAUCCUAUUGGAUCCCAUCGUUUGUCAAGGAUAAACGAUUCGCCAGCUGGAUUACGAAUGCAAGGGAUUGGAACAUCUCGAGAAAUCGAUAUUGGGGAACCCCGAUUCCUUUGUGGGCCAGCGACGAUUUUAAAGAAAUCAUCGCGAUUGGGAGUGUUGAGGAGUUGAAAAAGCUGAGUGGCUAUACCGGCGAACUGACUGACCUGCAUCGUGACAAGAUUGACCACAUUACCAUUCCUAGCAAGCAAGGAAAAGGUGUAUUGCGCCGUGUCGAUGAAGUUCUUGAUUGCUGGUUCGAAUCCGGAAGCAUGCCGUAUGCUUCUCAACAUUACCCCUUCGAGAACCAGGAGCAAUUCGAAAAGUCAUUCCCCGGUGAUUUCAUUGCAGAAGGCCUUGACCAGACUCGUGGAUGGUUUUAUACACUCACCGUUCUUGGAGUGCAUCUAUUUGGAAAGCUACCUUUCAAGAACUGUGUCGUUAACGGAAUAGUUCUUGCUGAGGAUGGCAAAAAGAUGUCCAAACGAUUGAAAAAUUACCCAGACCCAACCCUCAUUAUGGAUCGCUAUGGGUCCGAUCCCCUUCGGCUGUACCUUAUCAACUCUCCCGUCGUUCGCGCAGAACCUCUACGAUUCAAGGAAUCAGGCGUAAAGGAAAUUGUCGCCAAAGUUCUCCUGCCCUUGUGGAACAGUUACAAAUUCUUUGAAGCCCAGGUUGCCCUGAUUAAGAAGAUUGAAGAUGUUGACUAUGUCUUCGAUCCUGCGGCUGAAGCGACUAAUACCAAUGUCAUGGAUCGCUGGAUUUUAGCCAGCUGCCAGAGUCUGCUCAAAUUUGUCAACCAGGAGAUGGCUGGGUACCGGCUUUACACCGUUGUUCCACGGCUCCUAGGACUAAUUGACAACACCACCAACUGGUAUAUUCGAUUCAACCGCAAGAGGCUGAAGGGAGAACUUGGAUUGGACGACACUUUACACGCCCUUAACACCCUUUUCGAGGUCCUUUAUACCCUAGUCCGUGGCCUCGCACCUUUCAUCCCUUUCAUUACCGAUAACAUCUACCUUCGUCUUCUUCCCCACAUCCCUAAAUCGCUUCAAGCGGAAGACAGUCGCAGCGUCCAUUUCCUCCCGUUCCCUGAAGUUCGUGAAGAGCUUUUUGACGAAGUCAUUGAGAGGCAGGUUGGUAGGAUGCAGAAGGUGAUUGAUCUUGGUCGUAUUGCGCGUGAUCGCAGAAGCAUCGGGCUCAAGUCACCACUAAAGACCCUCGUUGUGAUCCACCAGGACCAGCAAUAUCUGGAUGAUGUGCGAUCGCUUGAAAGCUACAUUCUGGAAGAGUUGAACAUUCGGGACCUUCAACUUUCAUCUGACGAGGAUAAAUAUAACGUCCAAUACAGUGUCACUGCAGACUGGCCAGUUCUAGGCAAGAAACUGAAAAAAGAUGCACAAAAGGUCAAAAAAGCGCUUCCAUCUCUCUCAAGCAGCGACGUUAAGCAAUUCGUCGCUGACAAGAAGAUGGUGGUUGACGGCAUCGAACUUGUUGACGGUGAUCUGGUGAUUAAGCGUGGUUUGAAAGAAGAUGGAUCUUCCAAGGAUUUCGAAACCAAUACCGAUGACGAUGUCCUCAUCAUCUUGGACGCGGUUUUAUACCCAGAGCUAGCUGAGGAAGGAUUAGCCAGGGAGAUUGUGAACAGGGUUCAGAGGCUCCGGAAGAAGGCCGGGUUGGUUCCGACUGACGACGUGGGCAUGGAGUAUCGGGUUCUCUCUGACCCGGACAACAUUGGCAUUGAGCAUGUGUUCCAGACGCAGUCUAAGGCGAUUGAAAAAGCGCUGCGUAGACCCAUUGACCAGCAUAUAGUGACGGAGGUUGAAGGGAAGGCACCUGAUGGCGAGGAGGAGGGGAUCAUUCUAGAGGAGGAGCAAGAGGUGCAAAAGGCGACGUUCUUGCUUAGACUGGUGAAGUUGUAG